AUGAACUUGCAGAAAUCCUGGUUUUUUUCCCCCUUAUUGUGACAGAUUUUGUCUCGUUCUCUGAGAAGGUUGCAGUUGCCUUUACCACGGUAGAAGUUAAGCACUGGGAGGUGCUAGCUGAUUUAAGGAGGGAGUCCUAUGCUUAGUUAUGUAGUUAACUUUAAUGGGCACCCAGACACUUUAGCCAUGCUUAGUGAAAGUGCGACUGUAAAUCUGAAGUGAAACUACGUCAAACAUUGAGAAGUAGCGAUACAGGUAGGUGUUGCAGCCUUUAUCAGGCCCUUAGAUUAUACGACUGACCCCGUAGCACUUAAAAGCACACAGGUCAUUAAAUACUUCAGAAGGUGCAGAUUGGCCGUCCUAAAAAGGCGUCCAAAAUACCAGACGCGGCGCUUCUCAUUUGGGUGACUUUGUGAAAAUGGUGCUCCGGAUAAGAUGGAGUGACAAAUAGCAGGAGGGGAGCUUGUUUACUUUCUAUUUCCAGUGUCUCUUUUAUCUGUGUUUUUGCUGGUGAGUUCCGAUGCAGCACCGUGGAUUUCUUUGCCGUAACGGGGCUCGACCCCGAGGAGGCGGCGGCUGCCGGCCGAACCAGCGCGAGACGUCAGAAGUCAUUUCAGAAACCCGGUGAUCCAGACCGUUUUCUUUGGGGUUUGUGUUCUCACUGACCUCUCCAGCCUGCUGACCAAGGGCAGCGAGAACCGGGAACAGGAGCAGCAACUUCGUAAGCUGAUCAGCCUGCGCGACUGGAUGAUGGCAGUCCUCGCCUUUCCCGUCGGUGUGUUUGUGGUGGUCAUGUUCUGGACCCUGUACCUCUACGACAGAGACCUGGUGUAUCCUCGACUGCUGGACAACUUCAUUCCACAGUGGCUGAACCACGGAAUGCAUACUACAGUGCUUCCCUUCAUCCUAAUCGAGAUGAGAACAACACACCACAAGUAUCCUAGCAGGUUUUGCGGACUGCUGGCAGUGUGCAGCUUCGCUGUGGGAUAUGUUCUAUGGAUGUGCUGGGUCCAUCACGUCACUGGAGUAUGGGUCUACCCGCUGCUGGACCGCAUCGGCCCCCUUGCCAAGGUCACCUUCUUCUCCUCCGUGACUGCCUUGAUUAGCAUCUUCUAUGUCCUCGGGGAGGUCCUCAACGGCUACAUCUGGGACUCCUGGAGAUGUGCUGUGGACUCAGAGAAACCCAAAGCAGACUGAUAUCGGGACCAGAGGAUUAAAAAGCCAGCGUUUGACCCCAUUACCCCCCCCCCCCACCCCACC